AUGAGACUUUGGACACUCUGCGUUUUGUGUUGGCUGUGCGUGCUGUGCACACGAGGCGCCACAUACGAGCAACCUGACUCGAACUCCUCGAGGUCCGAAGACGACUUUAAGAAUUUCACCAGCCCCCGCGACAAACGUGCGCUGGGUUUGAUACUGUCGGGUCUGGCGCAGGUUUUCGGAUACAAUGUGAGCCCGGUGCAGUUGGCGACGUUACCCAACGCGAAUCCCGACCCAUCGGCGGACGGAGGGACCACGUCGUCCUCGUCUCGACAAAACGCGCCAUGUUCGAACUCCACCCAGCCGACCUCGUCGACCGCCGCGACGCCCAGACAACGAGAGACCAUCAGGUUCACCGGCGUCCUGAACUUUGGCAACACCACGAGCCUCCUAAACCAUUUGCAAGAAUACGAGAACAUCUUCCACGGCGGAGGAAGCGUUUCGAACGCGACGCAAGCACCGCCGUCCACGACGACGCUUCCCUCGAUCGAUCCAAGGACGCCCGACUCCAGGCAACCCCUCUUGGUGACCAUCCCCUUGCCUGCCGUGCGACAGCCACCUCUGCCCGAGAUUCCUCCGCAGGACAUUAAACUGUCCUACCCCCAACCGUACGUUAUCGUUCAGCAGGGUCAGAUGCCCGUAAGGAACCAGACCGCGAAGAACAAGGAGACUCAAGCGGCGAAGGACGUGCAAACCUCGCCUCCGCCGAUCGUUUACGCUCAGGAGCCUCACUGGAAGAAGGAGUACGAGGACAGACUGGCUGAGCUCGAGCGGAAACAGGAAGAGCAAGCGGAAAGGCUGAGACAGCAGGAGCGGUACAGAAAUCGGGUGAAGGACGGUGGCUAUAAUGGCGAAUACGAAGAGAAGCAGAAGGAGUAUAAAGACGAGGAUUCGGGAUGCAAGGAAAAUUGCAAGGCUAAUUAUUCAACGGAGGAAGACGAUUCUAGGGAGAGGUACGAAUACUCGGGUCAGAAAGGGUCCCAGGAGAAUCGGGACGAUAAGUAUCGCGAGUACGAGAAGGAUGUCGUUGACAAAGACCCGCCAUCGUCCAACUAUAGUUACUUCAACGUGGAAUACGACAAACCGCUGCCGAUAAGCGUCGACGACGAACAACGACGACCGGAGGAGCUUCGCGACAGCUAUGGCCAGCUACUGAACAGUCGCGAGCUGAUAGACGAUGGAUUCGCCAACUACUUCGGGAAGCUCCAGCAGUCGCUAAGUAAUUUGUACAGCGGGCCGGAGGCUCCUAAUUCCGGCGAGGCCUCCAGGGAAGAGGAGGAUUCGUCGAGUCGCGAGAACGAGGACGACGGGGGAAGCAACGAGAAAGCGAAGGAGUACGAUCUUCCAGCGACCAACAAGUACGAGGAGUACAGUUUGGAGGAAGACACGGACACGAAGAGGAAGGAUGUGGAAAAUUCCAAAGAGGAUAGUCCCAUACUGCCCGCGAGGAAUUCGAACAGAAUUCCAUCCAACGAGAAUCGAACGUAUCUGAAUGAACAGAACUCGAACGAGCGGGUGGAUUACAGCAAGUUCAUGCCUCUGCUCGUCCCGGUUCGGUACUUGACUGCUCCCGAGGAGCAGAAAAGAGCCGAGAAGUCGGGCAAAGCGAAUAAAUUGUCGCCCAAAGAGUCGAGGAGACCGAAGAAGGAAAAUGUAAAGCCCAAGAUAGGUAUCCCGGAACGACGAUCGCCGAAGAAGCUCCACGAGGGCGAGCAGAAGGAGUUGCAAGCGUGGCCGGCGCCGUUCGACUUUGUCCUGGACAGUACGAUUCAAACGGAAGUCGUUACCGCGAAACCAGAACGCUCCAUCGUCAAACCCAACGUGCAUCGAAAGCUUGAAUCGCACGGUAAAGGGAACGGGAAGGUUCCGCGGGUUGAGGAUCUGGCGAAGCGUGUCGAUAGUCCGGAACGAACGAAUCGCAACUAUCCCGAAGACGUUAAUUACCGGAGGUACAAGGAGGAUCUCGAGUCUCGACAGAGAACGUCUACGGGUCGAACGAACCCGAGCCAAAGGAUUUCGAAUCGCAAGUAUCCCGAACUCGAAGACCCUAAACUUCAUCAGAGAAAAGAAGCAUCGAACUUUAUGAAACGCUACAAGUACAUAUCGAACGAUAAUAAUGGGAAACUGGAACGACCAAAUGUUAAACAGUUGCAAUCUGUUCGACAAUUUCCGAAUUCGAUGUAUUCCAAAAGAAUGGAUCCUUUGAAACGGAGCACGGGCACCACCGACCCUGUUAUGGGAUAUUAUUAUAGUGGACAGUAUCCUGCGGAAGCGCCAGGUGGUAAAGGUCAAGAUACGCCGGGUUUUCAACUUAUUUCGCAGAGAUCGGUGCCGGCGAUGGCUUUCGAUACUCCCGUGGGUGGCCAGGAUUUGUUCAGUUUCGGCGGAAACUAUCGCCUCGAUCGCCAAGAAAAAGAUGAGAAAUCGAUCGGAUUUUUAGAAGGGGACAAAAAGAUUAAGGGGAACGAAGCAAUGAUUGGCCUACCCGUGUCGCCGCAUAGCGCGUAUCAUCAUGGCGAAACAACGAAAUUUGCCAGUGAACCGGAAAGCAAAAACGAGAAAGUUGAAAUGGGAUAUUACGUGAACAGUGAGACUGUUAUGCGUACCUCGGAACAAAAACAAGUUAAUCCGAACGAAUCGAUCGGUUACAUCAACUUCGCCCACGUUUUGUAA